CUCUUCCCCUCCUCUUUUUUUCUUUUCUUUUUUCUUUCAUUCUUUCUUUUUAUUUGUAUAUAAAAUGACAGAAAUGGUGUUGAACGAAGGGAUUCCUCGUAAUCCCAAUGAUAUUGCUGCUCUCUUCAAUCAACUUCAAGUUACUGUAGAUCAGGCACAACAAAAAUCACGUCUUUUGGAUAAUACAUCUUCACGUCCGUCUUCCCUUACUUCCAUAUCAAAUAUACAACAAGAACAACAAAAGCGAACUUCUAUAUCUUCUACCACCAGCAAAACUACUGCUACCACUACUACUAUUACCCCAAACUCUUCACUUAUGACUUGCCCAUGUCAUCAUUGGUUAGUUUCUAUGGAUUCUGAACACUGUGCAAUAUGUGAUGCUCCUAAUCAAGUUAUGACUGCCUGGCAAAACGAACGCAUCGAACGAUCCAAGGUAGUCAGGGCACAUCGAAGACAAUUGAUGGAUAUGACAGCAACUCAAGAUCAACAACAAAAUGAUAUGAUGUUAUUACAAAAAACCAUUCUGGAACAUCGUGAAAGUUUGAUGACUCGUGACGACGACAUAUUAUCCUUGCAAUACGAUAUUGAACAACUUCAAACUAAAUAUAACGACGAAAGUGCACAAAUAGAAGCCAUCGAGAUCUCAAAGCAAGCUGCCAAAAGGGAAAUCGAGGAGUUGGGUCAACAUUUAUUUAAAGAAGCUCGUGAUAUGGUGGCUACAGAACAACAAGAAAAAAUGGCAUUACAAUCCUCAUGCGAUGAUCUGAAACAACAAUUGGAACAAACUCAGUUAGAUUUGGAUCAAGUCACUGUUGAUUUACAAGCUCUUCGAAUGGAUAUGGGUAGAUGGGGUGAUCAACAAGACGAACAACGAAUUUUACCGCACAUCAUCACGUCUUCCAAUCAUACUGAAAACGACAUUGUCAAUGAUAACACACAUAUCAACAACGAAAGAACAAGUACAACUACAGCAACAACAACAACAUCUUCUUCCUCGUCAUGUUCUUCUGUCAGUACGCCAACGUCAAGUCAUAUGUUGGACAACUCCUCCACCAUACUUCCUUCAGUAAUACCAACUACCUCGCAAAAAUUCCUGAUUCGAGCCAAAAUGGAUCUUGCAGCUUUACAAGAAGAUCAAUACUUUUUGGAUGAAAAUUUACAACUAGAAACCUUUGAAGAUGAUCAACAACUCACAGAUUUUCGAGAAUUUAUGGACAGCGCUACUUCAACGACCUUUUCAUUACGCAAAUUACAUGGAUUACCGUUUAUCAAGUUGUGUGUGGCUGACGAUAUAGAACCAUGCCUUCGUUUUGGUCCUCAUCCCAAGAUGACAAAUAGCAAGAAAAUUUUGGAAGCCAUUCAAAUCAAAACAUGUUUUGUAGAAAAGUGUCCUCCAGGAUUUGUACGAGAACAAGCAGCCAUAUUACGAAAAGAACGAUUAGCGAAAAAGGCCAAACCAAGUUUAUGGGACAAAUUUUCUGUGACUACAUCAUUAUCGACUCCAUCAUCAUCAUCAUCAUCAUCACCGUUAUCCUCGCCAUUAUCAUCAUCAUCAACAACAACUACAACUUCACCAGCAAGAUCUUCAGAUGAAGCUACUAUGUCACCUACUAUUUUGGACCAACGUCAUUAUAUGUCAUGUAGUACUUGUGGACGUCGUGUUUUGGACAAUGAAGAAGAUCCUUCCAUCAUGGAGAAAGAAUUAGGUUUUCGAUUUAGAAUCUCUUAUUUUGAUGAAUGGGCUUGUAUUGAUCGAUAUUGUGCUGAUCGUUUGAAUUCUGUGAUUGCUUUUUAUACCUUUUUACGACAAUUGCGACUGGGCCAUUACAAAGACCGCUCUUUGAUGGAUGUUUAUCAAGAAUGCUCUCGAUUACGUCUCGUGAUGUUUUUGAGUCGAUUGGGUGCCCUACCUCCUCCUAUUUAAAAAAAUACUACUUUUAUUAGUUAAGUUCAUUAGUGGCUUCCGUAUUCCCCGCUCCAUUUCUGGUGAUGAUUCCUCCUAUUUAUUAUGAUAGUUAUCUUUUUUUUUUUUAUUUUGAAUAAACAUUUGAUGUAGAACAUUUUUACAAAUAUAACAAAGAAAAUCAGGCCAUUUGAAAAAUGAAUAAUAAUAACAAAAAGGGAAUUCACUUUUACAAUAGU